UUCUUGGGCUUUAGAGAAACCCUUGGUAUUUCGAAGUAAACCCAGAAAAAAGUGAGCAAAUUUGUGAGAAAGAUUGCAUCUUUAAUUGUAACUGUAUUGUAUAGAGAGAAAUUAGAGAGAGAAAGUAUGGCGAAAAGGGAGUUAUCAAAUACUUUGAAGAACUUGAAGUUUAUGCAAAGGGCAGCUCAGAAAGAGGAGAAACCUAAGAAGGAAGAAGAAGAAACCAAGCCAGAUGGGAAUUAUUUUUCCCCUAGUAAUGUUAAUAAAAAAUGUGUGGUUAUCAUGGAAGGAGAUCCUCAUCCUGGGACUGUAAGAGGUCGGAUGUCAUUUCAGAAUUUCAAUCCUUCUAUUGAUAAACUGAAUGACGAUGAGGCUGUUAAUGGUCAUGAAGCAGAAGCGUCAACAUCUUCUGUUUUUCAGACUGGAAGAAAUAUUGGCAGGGAAAAUGGGGCAUCAGAGCAUAUUGAUAUGAAUGUGGGCAACAAUAAUGCUGAUGCAGAACUUAAAAGAAAACAGUCUGAGGUAUUCUCUCCGAAAGGCAAUCCCAAGAAGUUACAGAAAGAUGGUCAAGGUAAUAAGCAGCCUUCCCCAAGCGACAACAGUUCUCGCAAGCAAUCGAAGCGUGAUAAACUGGACUACAACGUGUUAGUGCCACCAAAAUCCCGAAGCAAGAAAAGGGGAGGUUAGUCAGCUGUGUUGAUGGAUUGCAUGUAGGAUGCUGUCACAUUGCCUUUUCCGACUUUAGAAAAGAUUGUUAUCCAGCAACUUACCUUGUAUUCAAUUUUGUUUUGAGAAAUCUAUAUCUUGGACUACAGAAACAUUAGCACUAAAGAGUGCAAAGAGCUGCCCAACUAAAACCUCUGUUUUUACCUUCAACUGUGGUGCAAUUUCUACCCAUUUGAGAGCAUUGUUGGGCUCAUUUGGGUCAAAGCUGCAGGGUGUCUUUGUAUGGGCACUUGCCCCUUGUUCCAUGGAAUUUUUGGUCCUUAAGGUGCCUUCACAAAGCCCACUCUCAUGGCUAAGAGGCAUGGUUGGGCUAAAGGUCAAGACAUCAUAGCCGUCCUCAACCUAUGCCUUAUUAGCGCGUUAUAUGGGCCCAAACUUAGGAGACGAACAUUUGAGCCUAAGAAAGGUCAAUAAUUGUAAUUGAUAGAGGAUGAUUGUUGAAAGCUUUAGAGACUAUGGCUA